AUGAGUCGUAUAGAAGAAUUUUUGGAAGAUGACUUAUAUGAAUUUGAGGAUUUAAUAGUAUCAUGGAGCUAUGAAUUCGUAGAUAUAUUUGCUCGAUUUAAUCCAAUUUGGCGACAAUUAGAAACAAUACAUCCUUUACAACUUGAAGGAAUGGAAAAUUUACUUACAUCUCUUGAUACUUUUUUAGACAACACAACAAUCACUUCUUUCGAUGAUGAUGAUAGUUUUAUAUGGUUAUACAAAAGUGCAACAUUACAAUCUAUAGAUAUCAUUUAUGCUUCAUUUUAUAAUAAUGCUUCACAGUUCAGCGAUGUGACUAUUGUAAUGGAUACAGAAGAAACUGUUAAUUAUAUUACUGAUUGA